UGUUAAGUGUGGCAAUAUUAAAUCUGACUUAAGUGCGUCAUUCCCAUUACUUCUAUCAUGGCGGCAACACUGGCAAAUAAGUGCGCAUCUCCGUUAAGUCUGAUCAACAGAUUGCUUUGCGUCCCUCAGUGGAGGGUGCGAUGUGGUUAUCAUGAAAAGGUGGUGGAUCACUAUGAGAACCCAAGAAAUGUAGGAUCAAUGGACAAAAAUGCUAAGAAUGUGGGCACGGGUUUGGUUGGUGCACCAGCAUGUGGUGAUGUGAUGAAACUGCAGAUUGAGGUGGAUAAAGAUGGAAAGAUUGUGGAUGCCAAGUUUAAAACCUUUGGCUGUGGCUCUGCUAUUGCAUCCAGUUCUUUGGCCACUGAGUGGGUAAAAGGCAAAUCUAUUGAUGAGGCAUUGAAGAUUAAAAACACUGAGAUUGCUAAAGAGCUUAGCCUACCACCAGUUAAACUACAUUGCUCAAUGCUGGCAGAGGAUGCCAUAAAAGCAGCUUUGGCAGACUACCAUCUGAAACAGGAAGGUGAAGAGGGCAAGAAGAUAGUAGCAGCCAACAACUAGGGGUCGCUGUUGGUCCGUUUAAACCUCUCUACAAGUUUAGACCAAAGCUCUUCAAACAGUGAACUGUAGCCUGUCUUUUAAACGCACAAUUUUAAGGGAUAGUUCCCCAAAAUAAGAAAAUUCUUUCAUCCUUUAUUCACUACAGUUGUUUCAAACCUGUUUCAAAUUCUUUGUUCUGUUGAACAUAAAUAAAGAUAUCUGGAAGAAUGUUAGCAAUUUUCGGGUCUGGGAUGUCAUCCACUUCCCUUGUAGAAAGAAAAUAUUGUGUUUUUUCUUUGUUCUGUUGGAAACAAAUUGAGAUAUUUUGAAGAAUUUAGGAAAACAAUCAGUUCUGGGGCACCUUUGACUACAAUUUAAUUUUCCUAAUAUGGUAGUAAAUGAAGUCCCGAAAAUUGCUAACAUUCAUCAAAAUAUAUAUUUCUGUGCCUUUCAGAACAAAUUUAUUUAGACCGGUAUGAAAUUAGUGUGUGUAAAUGAUGUUGGAAAUUUCAAUUUUGAGUGAACUAUACCUUUAAAAUCAAAUAAAUGUCUGUUACAGUCUGUAUUUGUGUUGAAAUUUUUAUAUGUAAGUCUGCAGAUGUGAUGAUGAGAGAAAGUGUUUAACACUUGCUAUUUAAAUUCACACAAACCUAUAAUGUUGUAUAUUCAUUUAAUGCUUCUUAAACCUAUCCAUAUUUACAAAAUUAAAGCAUAUUCACACCUCA